GGUGAAGCGCGCGUGUGAAUUAGAUUGUAAUAAAUCACCUUGCCUUCCGUCUGGGCUCCAUGUUGGAGAUGUAGCCUGUCUGUGGGCUGCUUUUUCCUCAACCUUUUGGGUCUCCAAUGCGACCGUCUCCUCAGCGGGUGCGCUUGUGCGUCUCUUCCACCUCGCACCCAUGAACUUCUGGGCCCCGCGCGCGCCGCUGAUGCUGCUGAGGCUCGUGCAUCCUUUAAGAUGAAGACGAGGACCCUCCUGUCGGUCAGCCUGAACUUUUUUGCCCUGUUCUUCGCCAUCACUGCCUUCAUUACAACUUACUGGUGCGUGGGCACGCAGCGGGUGCCAAAGCCCAAAUGCAGCAAACUGCGGACGCACCAGUGCAUAGACUACGGAGUGAACGAAACGGACCCUAACAAGGUGGUGUACAGCUGGGAGACCGGGGAUGACAGGUUCCUGUUCAGACAGUUCCACACCGGCAUCUGGUUCUCAUGCGAGGAAAACAUCCACGAUGAAAGUGAAAGAUGCCGGAGUUUCAUCGAUUUAGCUCCUGCAUCCGAGAAAGGAAUGCUGUGGCUGUCGCUGGUCUCUGAGAUGUUAUAUAUUUUGCUGCUGAUGGUGGGCUUCAGCCUCAUGUGUAUGGAGUUGGUCCACUCAAGCAACAUAAUUGAUGGGCUCAAGCUCAAUGCCUUUGCUGCUGUCUUCACAGUGCUCUCAGGUCUUCUUGGCAUGGUGGCUCAUGUGAUGUAUACCCAGGUCUUCCAGGUCACCGUUAGCCAUGGUCCACCGGACUGGAGGCCCUACAACUGGGAUUAUGGGUGGUCUUUCUGCUUGGCGUGGGCUUCGUUCACCUGCUGUAUGGGCGCAUCAGUCACCACCCUCAACUCCUAUACAAAGACAGUUAUCGAGUUCAGACACAAGCGGAAGACCUUCGAGCAAACCAUCAGGGAAGAGAACGCGCGUGAGGCGUACAGAUACUAUCGGGGCAACUCCUUGCACUCCAUUUCUAAAUCAGUGGACAUGUAUUCCAAUCAGUCCCUUAAAAGCGGGAGGAGGACUCCCAUACCUGCUGCCUCCUUGGACUUUUGUGACUUUGCAGCAUCUCUUGGGGAAGAACAGUGCUGAAAUAUCUUUGCUGUGUUCACCUCUCAAGUUUUUGCAGGUCUGCUCCAUCUUAUGCUCUUCAACACUGCCUUAAUUGAAGCAGGUCAAGGAGCUUUAAGUCACACUUAAUUCAAGUUGGAAAAGCCAGAAAUAAACUUGGAAAAGAAGGAUCUGCCAUCUGAGGUCCAUGGAAUGCAGUUGUAUCUUCUUUGUGUUACUUAAUACAUUGCAAAAUUA